ACCAAAUGACUGUUGUAGGGGGAUUGCACGAAUCGAAAAUCGAAACUAUGGAAUCGUUUCGAACUUAUCGGCUGCAGCCGUAACCUCAAGUAACUCUUGACUCUCCUUUCGUGUUUAUCUAUUUGAGGUGUGUUUGGUUCUCAGCAGUGGCCCGAUGAUCACUCCAGCUGCGUCUUUGUUGGUGCAACUCUCAGGUGUGGUGAAGCGAUUAUGUACCUACGACUUCAGUUUAUAUCAGUCAUUCCCCUACAACAUUUCGUUAAACCACUUAAGACGAGUACCUGACCUAUAUACACACGGGAUUCAGAGCAGGAAUUCUGUUAUUUUAUUCGGGAUUCCAGACCGAAUGUGAAGUUUAUGGUACUUUUGCACGAAUAUUGUUCACGUGGGUAAACCAAGGAAAUGUGUGCACGUGGUUAAAACAAGGAUCUAUGUUCACAUGGGUGAAAUGAUGUAUGAGGUUUAUGCGGUGAACACGUGGACACUUGAAUGAUGUGGAUAAAGCUGAAUUAGUGCCCUACCAACAAGAUUUCAUGUAGUCCGAUGGUGACUAAUCUACAGCAAUGAACUGCAUUUGGAAGAAACGCAAAAAAGUACGAUUCAAGCGCAAUUAUUAUCGGCAGAUGCGACAGUAUCUUUGCUGUGUGCCAAGCAAGUCCUACAGCUUGACAGGUAAUCAUGGUAAUGGUCAAUAUGUUGAAGCAACCCAAGGGAAAAAGGAUGAAGACAUUGAAUACAGACAAGCCGACACAUUACACAGAGCGAGGGUCUACGAUGAGGACAGAAGAGGAGUGGCGCUUGUGGAACUCCACAAGAAAGAAGGAUGUGGUCUCGGCCUGACAGUGAUAGGUGGCGCCGACAAGGGCGACAAGCCCAGCAUAGCCAAUAUCAGGCCAGGCGGAGUAGCCCACAGGAGUGACGCACUACAAGUUGGCGAUGCCAUCAUGACUGUCAAUGGAAUCAGAAUGGGUACAAUGAAACACGAUGAAAUGAUCAACUUGCUCAAGAACGCCAAAGACAAGUUAGUCCUUGAGGUCGAAUAUGAUCUUCCUGACUUGCCGUCCUCGUCUUUUUCUGUGAUGUGCAAAUCGGUGGAGAUUCUUCUUGAGAAGGAAGGGAACGCGUUUGGUUUCACAAUGCGAGGGGGUCUCUCCAGCAUACCCUCCAAGACACGACCACUCACAGUCACACAGAUACGACCAGGAGGAUCAGCAGACAGAGAAGGCAGCUUAAAAAUUGGUGACAGGAUAUUAGCCAUCAACGGCAUAAAUGUAACAGAUAUGAGACACGAUGAAGCCAUGACGAUAUUACGGAGGACAGAUUCUGAUGCAGUACUCCUAGUCGAAUACGAUGUCUCUAUCAUGGAAGAAGUGAGGAAUCCCUAUGGCCCGCUCAUGAUCGAGAUUGGGAAAAACCCAGGGGCCAACUUGGGUAUCACCCUCACAACGACUAAGUUCAAAGACAAAACAGUGAUAUGUGUGGAAAACAUUCGAGAAGCCAGCAUAGCAGACAGAUGUGGUGCCCUACACUUUGGAGAUCAGGUCCUCUCCAUAGACGGUACAAGCCUCGAACACAUGACCCUCAAUGAAGCUACGCAACUCCUCAAAUCAAGUGUCGGUGAACUCAUCAAACUUGAAAUUCUACCUCUCAGCAAAAUCAAACCAAGACAGUCCAUUGUAACGAAAAAAGCUACUGUUGUCCCUGGUAGCCAUGGAAGAAAUACCUCCCCGUCCUCCAGUCUUCAGGCAAGCCAAAACAGCAUCCCCGCCUCCAUCAGUACUCUCGCCUCCCGCCAGAACUCUUACACACACGUGGACAUCGAGCCCACGUACGCCCGAGUCAACGUCCCGCCGCCAGAGCCCGCCUACGCCCAGGUGAACGUUCAGCGGCCUUCUUCAGCAAGUUCCAGUUAUUCCAAUCUCAGUUACACCAACCCUUAUGGUUCUCUUCGGUUCCGGACGUUUGGGAAGCCACGGAAACCUUCUUCAGAUGACAUCCCGGAAGAAGACUUCCCACCUCCCCCACCAGAUGUGAUUCUGGAAGAAGACUUUCCUCCACCUCCUCCCGCAGUCACAUCAGCCAUCACUGGCCUAAACAACCCUGUCAGCCACCCAGAGACAACAGAAGUUACCAUCUUUGACGAGGGGCGAGGCUUUUGCUUUACGUUGCAAGGAAGUCAUUUCUCUGGAGAAAUGCUGACGGAGUCACCCAUUAUAGACUCGAUAGACCCAGGGGGACCCGCAGAGAAAUCUGGUGUGAUACAGGAGGGUGACCGCCUUCUCUCCAUCAACGGGAACUACCUGGAGGGUCGCACGUUACAGGACAUCAACACGAUGUUGAGAGAAAGUGGCAAAAAGUGUACAUUAGAGAUUGAAUUUGAUGUUGCUGAUGCAGUCGUGCCGAGCUGUGGAACGUUCAACGUGAAAGUCGGGAGGAGGGGCGCCACACUUGGAAUAACUAUUUCAGGUCCAAAAAACCGCCAGCCGGGGGACCCACUGAUCAUCUCAGGGAUCAAGAAAGGCAGCGUCGCCCACAGGACUGGCACCUUACAUGCAGGAGAUAAGCUCCUUGCUAUCGACGUUCUCAAGACAGACAAUCUCAGCAUUGAAGAGGCAGCGAGAGUUCUCACAAAUGUGGAAGACAUCGUCAAGUUACGGAUACGGAAAGACGAGCCCACACCUGUUGAGGACCCAGCUCCCGAUGCUAGUGCUGUGUCUCAUGUGGUGGAACUCCGGCGCUGUGGUGGGCCACUCGGCCUGACGAUCUCUGGCACAGAGGAACCUUUUGAUCCGAUCAUCAUAUCAGGAUUAACGGAGAAUGGUUUAGCAGAAAGGAGUGGAGCCUUGAACACCGGCGAUAGAAUUCUCGCUAUAAACGGCAAAACGUUGAAAGGACGCCCUCUAUCCGACGCCAUUGCAACAUUACAGAGCGCCGGUGACAUCGUAACGUUAUUGGUAUCGAGAGUGAAUGACAUGUCUGGAGGUUCAUACUCGGGACAAGUCAAACAGUAUGAACGGGAAAACUAUGCCCAAGUGGAAGUGAAGGGAACAAACGUCCCAGUCACGAGUGUUGAUAGUGCUUUAGAUUCAUGGGACAGUGCAGGCCUGGACUCGCAGAAUAGCCGGCCUCGGUUACGGUUAUCAGUCAGCAGUUCCAAUACAUCUUCUCAUUAUCGCAUACCAUCUGUACCAUCGAGGGACUCGGCCUGUAGCGCUGAAUCCGGUGAAGGCCACAACGAUCCCUGGGACUCAGCGACGGCCAGCAGUGGCCAAUCGUGUCGGAAUAGCGCUAGUACGGAGCAUGACGACGACAACUGGAUUCGAACGAUCGAGGAACUAGAGGAGGAUUCUGAUAGGUUGGAAGCAAUGGAAUUGAUGAAGACGUCGAAAACUGGUUUAACGUUACGCACUCGACCACUUGCACAUUCGACGCUCAUUUCUUCACAAAUAACAAACAUUGAUGACGAACCAUUGCCACCUCCACCUCCAGAGCUACAACCCCCGCCAACUCCCCCAACACAAAAUUCGGACGAAAAAGGAAUUUAUUUUCCGUUCUCGGGGAUUGGGAAGUAUAAGGAUGUGGACAUCAUGAGACUACAGCAUCAAAUGCAGGUCAUGACGCAACCGACCCCAACAGAAAUUCUGAAAGUGACUUUGUAUAAAAAUUCAGAUUCGGAUAAUUUUGGACUGAGCGUUUCAGAUGGACUUCUUGAAAAGGGUGUUUAUAUCAGUGCAUUACGGCCAGGAGGACCAGCAGAUAAAUGUGGAGUGUUGCGGAAUUUUGACAGAAUAUUACAGGUCAACCAUGUUAAAACACGCGAUUUAGACUGUUGUUUAGUGGUCCCGUUAAUUGCCGCGUCAGGGAACCAAAUCGACAUCGUCGUGAGUCGUAACCCGGUCGCCGAAUGCAAUGAAGAGGACAACCAAUCAGUGGCCUCGUCACGAGCAUCGAGUCGGUCGAGUACAAGCGCUGCGAGUGAUCCAUCGCGGUCGAGCAUUUACAGUGAUCCUAGGUCUAGCGCGACCAGUGAGACAUUAGGAAAAGUCUACAAUAAGCACUUAUAGAUGGCGCUUUGUGAUCAGAAUGUGUCUUUUUAGAAAGGAUUUGAGUGAUAGGUGAUAUUAGGCUCAAAGAUGUGUCUGUUAUGAUUGUUUUAGAACAGAGAAACUUCAGAUCGUAAAAGGGAGUUUGUCUCAAUUAUGUCAAUGAUGGAGAAUAUUUUAUGGAAUCUGAUGUGGGGAUGAAAACAAGAUAAACAGAAUUAUUGGUCCCAGUUCAGAUAUAUUGUUCAAAGUUAUCAGUGUUCUACAGACAUUUUAACCCUUUCCUCAGUGUGCUAUUUUCCAUGACCAUUGCGACUGGGCAAUGUAAAGUUUUCUCUAGUCUCAGUUUUGAUAAUGUCUGAUCAUCAAAAUAGAUGGAAUGGUAUAAAUUUUCUUCAAUGGGAAAACAGGAUGUACAUGUAGAUAGAACAAGUGACGUGUUUUUAAUCUGUCUAUGUAUUUGUGCUCUACAUGUAGAUUCUUUGAAGCAGACUUGUGUAGGAUGGAUAUAUGUACGUGUUAAGUGAACCUGGGGCAGGAUCUGUACAUCCUUAUUGGAAGCUUUAUCAAACCACCUCUUUGUUAAACUUAAAUGACUGCAAAAAACAACAAUCUGUACUAAGGAAGAUCUCCAACCAAGAAGAGAAUACAUUGUCCUAAGAAGAAAUGAACAAUGAUGGAGUCAUUCAUUUAGACAUAAUUGUGUAAAUACAUUGAACCUUUUCAAUGUGCACACCAGGUAAUGGCCUUUUUAGCCAAAGCUAUUUUUCGCUGUCAUUUAAGAUUGGCUGGGGGUGGAAUGAUAGCAGUUGAAAGCUAUUUUCACCACUUCUUUACAUGCAGCCGAGGUGAUGUCAGUUUCUUCAUGCAUCUCAUGUUAACUGAAUGGAUUUUUUAACACUUAGAAAUGUUGGAUUAUUCUGAAAAGAAAAUACAUCUCUUGUGCAUGAAAUAUAUAUCCUGUAAGGAAACUCAAUCGAGUCAUGGAUUGAUUUCCAAAAAAACCUAGAGUCUUUAUUUUAAAAAACAACAACCUAAUAAAAAUCAAGUAGAUCCAGAGAAAGAGAAAGACAUCAUAACGUAUAUCGGUCUAUUGUAGAAUGUGUCAUUUCAUGUGGACAGCAUACUGGUCUAUGGUUGUAAAAUGGUUUAAAUUUGAUGGUCUCUGUGUCUGAUAGUGUUUGGUUAGCUGUUUCGGUUUAGAUAGAUUAACCAAUGCUAGAAAUGUAGCUUUCUUAAUAGGAAAUGGUGAGAAUGUUGGGAGUUUGAUCUGGAAAAUGUUUGCCCUGGGGCAUCAUGUAAAUGUUUGCUCGACAAGAGAGGGAAGAUUAUGUCUUUAUUUGGCCUGGUGUGAACUGCUUGCUCAGGUUAUGUGAAUGGAAGGAAAUUUUUUUCAAUAUUGAUGUCAUGGAGGAAAUAACUGAUGUCCUAUAUGACGCUCAGCUCUCAACUAACUCAGCAAGCAAGUUCAGCUCCAGCACAUAUCAUCAUUUAAGCCACGGUCUUUCUCUCUGGUUUUGCUGACAAGUUGUUCCGAAAAAUAUGCCUCCACAAGUUCUCUCAGUAGUCACAUGUUGUAUGUCGUAUAUGUCAUCCAUGUCUGUCGUCGUCAGGUCACAUGAUGUUGGUUUUAAUCGGUUGGGUUAUUUCAUUGCAUUUGCCAUCCAAAAAGUAACAAUAAGUUAAGUUUCGUUGCACAUGGUUUGCACUUUUCGCUUUUGUGGUAUAGUGGUACAACUAUGGUCCUCACAGUAAAGAAAAUGGCUAUAAUUGUAGCACCUUACCUUACAUUUUCAACAUUUUAGAUAAUACCUUGCACAAUUGUUUUAUUUUUGUUGUGUGUAUUUUGUCCACUUGGCCUUGUGAUUUAUUUUGAAUAGGUUGUUUUAUUUAUUUAUUUGUCAGUAGGCCUUAUUUAUUAAAACUUUCACUUUUGGGGUACAUUUCAAAUUUGUUGAAAAGUACCUUUGCAUAUACAUAUUCACAACUUGUACAUGUAUUCUGUUUUAUCCAGUAAGAAAAUUAACUGAUUAAAAAUUAUUUAAUUUCCCUAAAAGUCAUGAUUUUAUUGUUGACAGGAUUUUUUUCUGGAAGGAAACUUUCAAUCAAUGUGUCUGUAACCAGUAGCAAUGAUCGAUUGUAUACAUGUUGUUGAUAUUUGUGUGUGUUUCCUUCAUGUUAUUCAACAAUACUUAUUUCAUGGUGUCCCAGCAAAAAGCCGUUAGAUAUUUGUAUAAAAUUCGUGCUGGAAAAAUGUCUUCAAAUUAGUAAAAAAUGUAAUCCUUCCUGAUCUUCCCACAGUACAUGUAUGAAUUUGCGAUGAAAUUUUUUGGUUUUCCGGAACUUGUAUUUGUCUAAAAAUAUAAUUAACACAUGUGAAGAUACAUCCUGCCCAGUUUUUUGUAGCAAGUCAUUAUCGUAUGAUUUAAAGACCCAGAAGCAACUUAAAUGCAUUUGUGGUCAAGAUAAUGUAGAGAAUGUUCGAGAAAUUAUGGGUUUCUCCAUUAAAACUUUGUAGGGAUGGCAAGUUCUUCCCUCAAUGGCAUAAUUUUUCCAGCACAGUGUAAACCCUUAAGUAACUCCUGGAUUUGCAGCUUCAAUGAGUAGGUCUCCGAAAUUAUGUUUCUCCCUGUUUUCUACGCAUUCUUGUAGGACUUUGUACAUUUCUGUUCACACUUAGUUAACUUAUCUUUAAAUCUGUUUAUAUUGUAAUUAUCAUUCAAUAAAGUACAAUUUCUUAAAAAAUGGCA